GGAGAAUGCCCCUCGCACGGCUCCCUACACACUGUGCACUGCUGCUCGCUGACUCAUCCAGUUCUCGUGCUCUCUUUUUUUGCUGUAGCCAACCAUAGGCGUCCCCAUGUAAAUUUAUAAUACAACCACCCUUUUGUCGUCUGCAUCUCGACAUUGGCGCCAGACGCAUUUGCAUCCCCGCGCAAACAACCGUCAAACAUGGCUCCCAUACGCUGCGCCAGCAAUACCUGCACAGCUCGUGCCUUUGUGCAGCUUGCUAAACGACGAUACGGCACCACCAGCACCUCCUCGAGCUUCGACUUCCUCGUCCCGCGAAAGAGCAUCGCAGCUCCCACUCUCCAUAGCUCGACUCCUCGCAUAUCCAUAUCCCGCAUUGACUCCCGCAUUACAUCCUUCUCUAAUACAUCUCGUCUCUUCUCCACAUCUUCCGCCAGACAAGCCACUGUCUGCAUCCGAAACUCCCACAAGCAGAAGACGGCAUACGAGAUGAUGCUCGAGAUUACCCCGCGAGCUGCCAAGCGUUUGGAUCAAAUUAUGGCAAAGGACAAGAACCCCAAUCUUGCUCUGCGCAUCCAAGUCGAGAGCGGCGGCUGCCACGGCUUCCAAUACAUUAUGAGCCUCAUAACAAUACCAAGCGAAGGUGCCGAGGACACAACGAUUAUUAAAGAGGACGACUCCAUUUUCCAAUUCGUUGCCGAAGACUCCGCAUCAGAAACUGCGCAGGAAUCCUCGCCCAAAAUCAUCUUGGAUGAACCAUCUCUUGAUCUACUCAAGGGUAGCAAGGUCGACUUUACCCAAGAACUGAUUGGAUCACAGUUUAAGAUUAUUGAUAACCCGCUAGCAACAAGUAGCUGUGGCUGUGGAACAAGCUUCGAUAUCAAAAUGUAAAAUAGAGCAUAAACAUGUCCCAUUAAUACAAACCACUCUCUUGUAUAUUAUCACCCAUGUCUUCUCAGCCCAUAAAACGCCGCACUCCACAAGUCACACCACUAAAGCUUUUCAUAGAGCCAUUUGAACAGCCACUGCAAUAGGACAAAAUAAUACAUUGAUUAUACUUUGCGUCACAUCUAUUUAUGUUUAUUCUUUUUGUUCACAAUAGAUAUGCAAGACACCACAGUAGAGUAGGAGAAUAGUUUGGUAUUAUUCAUGGAAAGGCUUUAUUUUUGCACAAAACCUAUGUCAUAACUAUGAACGCCGUAACAACAAGAGCCUCUUUUUUCUAGUCUCUUUGCUAUUUUACUUCUCGACCCUACACCACAUUCACACUUUUGAAUCGUGACACAACACCUUAGUUCAUCUGGCGAACAAGGGCGUUGAUGGCAUCCUCACGGUUGCCAAGGUCACCACCCUCGAUGAAGUGCUUGAACUUGCGGGUGCGGAAACCGCCAGUGGGGGAAGAGAGCUUGAAGGGCCAGAGGAAGUUGGCAGCCUGCUUGAAGUUGGGGCCAACAGUGAAGAUCUCGUGGACGAGAUCCUCCAUGCAGACAAUGCCGUACUUGCCGAGGGUGUCCUCAAUGAUGGAGUUGUCGGUAAGAGCAGUGCGCUUCUUGUCGACCUUGCCGUAACCACGCUUGUAGACGAGCUCCUUGACGGUCUUCAGGUUGGGGUAACCGUAGGCGAUCCAGGGCUCGACGAUCUUAAGCAUCUCAGUGGUGGCCUUGGUGACGCGGAUGAAGACACCGUUGUUGAUCUGGAGGAGACGGAGGAGCUGGAGGAUCUUGCGGGGCUUGGGGGCAAUCUUGUUGAUACCCUUGAUGCGGAUGACGAACAUGAGCUUGCCCUCAGCGGGGAUGUAGGCAGAGUCGUCCUUCUUGGCGGCGCGGGUAAGGCGGACCUUCUCGCGCUCAGCAUCGCGGUACUCCUUGACGUACUUCUCGGCACGCUUGAAGAUGACGCCACGCUUCUCCUUGUUGGCCUGGUCGCAAUGUAUGUUAGCGGAAAUGCUCUUGCGAUAUAAAGUAUGCAUCAAAUGAAUGAAUGGUAAGGGCAAUGGGUCAGACCCGAAAGAAGGUUAAUUAUCAACGACAUCGACUUUUUAGUCUGGUUGACGGGAUAUGUUGUGCAUCAUUAUGCCACAGAAAGGAAACAGGAGUAGGAAACUUACGGCCUUGCGCUUCUCAACAGCGGCAGAGCGCUCAGCGCGAGCCUUCUCCUGGCUCUUGCGCUUCUUGAGGAGGGUCUCAGGGACCAAGAUGUGGUCGUUGGUAGGGACAGUGCUAUUGUCAUUUCAGAUUAGUACGUAGUCCGGCAUGCCUGCUGUGCGACGGCAUGGAAGAGAGCGCCGGUGCGAGAACUGUAGCUUUAAGCGCGACAUUCUGUGCGUUGGCUAACUCGAGGUUGUAUUUGAUCGGUGAAGUAGUAACAAGAGUUUUCAAAGUGGACGUGAGUGUAUUCCAACCCAAAUGUUCAUCUUCGACGUCUUGCGUUUCGUUCAUCCGACAAAGCCCCAAACAAAAUGUUCAGGAAAAAGCAGCUAGCCUAGGACAAUGCAUCAACCAAGAAGGUAUUUCGACCUUUGUGUGCAGUUCCAUGUUGGCAGCAAUGUAUUUGAGAGAGGAGGUGUGCGAGAACCGACAACCUCCAGCCCCAACACCCCAAGACAGCAAUUCUCAGACAGCAGCAGACCGUAUUCCAGGCCCAGUACGUCGUGAGAAGAAAACCGCUCAGGAGAAAUCGAGCUGGUAGCAGUACCAAGCAUUCAUCGUGACCAAGAAAACUUGAUCAUCCGACAAAGAGGCCUAGCAGUAGACUACCACGCGAGAGGACCACGACAAUCCGCAAAAAGUAUCCAGUAGACUCGAAACCAGGCAAUGCAUUCUGCCUUUGUAUUGUUCGCACGAACGAGAAGAGGGAAAGACCUACGUGGCACCCAUUUUGUCGAUUUGGCUGGUUGGUGAUG